CUCUGUUUUGGUUUUCUAAUAUCUUCUGUUUUUUAUUUUUUAUUUUUUGUAAUUUCAAACCACAGCACACAGCCCGCUGCAAAACGCAAAACGCAAAACGCAAUUAUAAUAAACAUGAGCACAUCGCUGACCUUGCUAUCGGAAAUCAGACAGUCAUCCGAACGUCGACCAUUCGACGUGCUCAAACUGUCCAAGCCCUUACUCAGCAAGGGCACUGUUACGCAGGCUGGCGACGAUGCGUGGCUUGUUUACGAGCAGAUAUUCCUGGCGGCCAUCGAUGAAGGACAGAUAGAGUUGGCAAAGACCGUUCUAAACAUUCUCCGCAAGCGGUUUGAUGACUCCCAGCGAGUGAAGCGACUAUACGGACUGAUUAACGAGGCAAGCAGCCAACCAGGCGAGGCGAAAAAGCUAUACGACGAGAUACUCGAAAAGGAUCCAACCAAUGUUUUGGCCCAUAAACGCAUAAUCGCCCUGCUAAAGUCCCAGGGUCAACACAUGAUGGCAAUUAAGGAGCUAGUCGAGUACUUGGAUACCCAUGGAAAUGACUUUGAAGGCUGGCUUGAGCUGUCCAGCCUUUAUUUGUCUCAGCAUCUCUACCCCCAGGCUGGCUUUUGUCUGGAAGAGGUUAUUUUGCAACAGCCCGCCAACCACUACUUCCACCUGUGCUACGCCGAGAUCAACUACACUAUGGGAAAGCUUGAUAUUGCGCUGAAGGAGUACUUGCGUGUGGUCGAGUUAUCCACUGAUAAUGUGCGCGGGUUUUAUGGCGUCAAGCUGGCUGCUGAUCGCAUCUUGGAGAUAGUCAUUAGCAAGCAGAAGAAGGACUUGGCAUUCAAUAUUGAGAAUGUGCCACAGCAGGCCACGCUCGAACGCCUUUCGCAGUUGGCCACUGAGCGUUUGGUCAGCGUAUACAACAGUGCCAGCACCACGCCCAAAAAGGCUGUUGAGGAGUGGCUCAAGAAAUAAAUACUUGGGUUAUUAUCAAAUCAAUAGCAUUGUUUGUUUUAAUUUUAUCGUCAACCUUUGAACUAUUUUUUUUAAAAAAAAAUUAUGAAC